AUGUCGUCCUCGGGCUCAUCCUUCACAUCUUCGUCGCUCGGCCGCCCACCAACAUACGGACGAACCUACGUCAGUCCCGUUGACUCGACGUGGACCCCGACCUCCGGCAUAUCGACCAUUUCCGCUCCGACCACCGAGGGGUCGAUUACUGAAACCUCGGCGCUUGAUCUGGGGCCUCCGGGCUUCCAGGCAACGAUAAUACUCUUUCAAGAUACACCGGACGAGCGUGUCGUCUACCUAGGGCCAUGGGAGGUGGUGGGAUCUGAGCAACGUCGUGUGCUCUGGCAGGGAAGCUACCAGAACGAGCUUCUCGAGCAUUUCCUGCCUUCGGACACACCUUCAGACAUCCAUCCUCAUACCCUCCACUCGCGCCAUCGCCCGUACUAUGACCCCGCGGACAUGGAGCGAUACAUUACGUUUCAGGAACCCCAUCGAGUUCGAUACACGACGGAUGAGGGCGUGUGCAUCCACGACCAAUUCAUCAAGAUCAGAUACGAAUUCACGACAAUCGAGAGCUCGAUCCAAUUUCAGGGCGACUUGCGCCGGAAGGACCUUGUUGACUUUUAUGACGUCGACGUUGUCUGGACCAAUGUGCAUGGUCGCACAGAUAGCUUCGGGAAAGUGAAGGGCAUCGGAGCUAUCCAGAGGCUCAAGCUGUGGAGAGAUCGCUAUACGACAUUCCACUCCCUCAGCGUGUGGGCGAACAAGACGGAUGGGCAAUACCGUGAAUACGAUAUCCACUGUUUCGACGGUGAGAUUCGAGGACGGGAUGACAGGGCAAAGCAGCUUCGACUAAAUGCCUCUGGUCGGCGUCACAACACGGGUGAUGAUCACCAUUCGCAUCGGCGCUUCUCCCUGGCGCAUCGCAUGCGACCUCGAACCAGAACGAGCGAUUCAUCGGAGCCAAGAUCGAUGCAGCCGACGCUGGACAUACGAUACCUGGCCAUUCAGUUUACCGAGCGUCAAGCAUAUCGACGAUUCCUCGAGACGUGGCUCUAUUGCCACAGUUCGGACCGCGAAUUCAAUGGGAUCCCAUUUCCGCCGAACCACUUUGAGUUGCCCUCACCGCAGAUUUUGCCGGGACAUUCUCCCGAUUUACCGCUAUCUGGUUGGCAGAACCACACUCUAGACUCGGUGCCCGAACCCUCGGAUGCGGCCGAAGCUACGCCUUGA